AUGGCUGUGGCCAACGCGCUGCAGAAUGACGUGGUGUCGUCUCCCGUGGCCAACGUCGCCACGCCCGAAGACCUUGCCACGCGCCAGGUCAACGUGGCCAAUGUGAUCACCCAGGUGUCGAAGAACGGGGCCGAUGAGGUGAAAAAGGUUAGACCUGUGCGACCCAUGGCGCUGCGGACCAUCAAAAAGGUGGUGAGGACGUCAACCAUGGUGGUGCAGACAGGUUUGGUACGGAAGGAUGGCCUUUGCAAUUCGAAUGCCUUUGGAGGGAAUCGACUUAGUCCACGAAAGUGUCCCCAUGACAUUGAUGAUCGGAUUCAAGUCAGAAUUUCCAUGGAUCAGUGGACUCAUGUGGUGUCGAAGUCAAGUUACUUCAUUGUGAUUCAUGCACGUCUCAUUGACGGAGCAUUGGAUGCCACAGUGGGAGGAGUGGAGGCACAAGAGCUCAUGAUUGCAGCACUUGCGGGUCGUUUUACCGCUUUCAAUUUGCGAUUUGAAUCGAAGUGGGAUGGAUGGCAGUUGACAAAAGAUGAUGAUGCAUGUCUCCCAACUUUGCAGAUGCAUGCUACCUACAAGGUGACAGUGAAGACACCAAUGGAUGUGAGAUUUUUCUUUGCAGAAAGAGAAGUGGUGAUUCAUGAUGCAAUUGCAUUUCUGACUGGUGACUCGGCUCCUGGUGACCUUGCGUUUUUGCCCGGGGGAAAACUUGAGCAUAGGAUCACUCUGCCAAGCCUCAUGGAUGUAUCUGACGAGCCAGUUUGUCUUUUUGCCAAUGUCCCAAGUGCAUUGAGGAUUCCAAAAGAACGCUUCUCUUCAACUGAGAACCAUGAGAAGUACGUUUAUGUACUUACGAAGAAUGGGAUCUAUGUGCUGAGACGAGACGAGGGUAUGACGGUUCAAGAUGUCAUCAUGGUGAUGGGACAUCAUUGUGGAAUUCCCUGCGCACACCUUGUGGGAUGUCUUGGUGAACGUCACCAAACACAAAUGCUGUGCCCAGAUGCAGUGAUUUGCAGAGACAUAGAAUCAGCCAGUGACGAUUUGAGGGUCUUGGAUUAUGUCAUAGCGCAUGUCAACGACCAUGACUUCAGUUUCGUUGCGGGGCAUGAUGCAUUGAGGGAAUUUUCAGAAGUGAUGGAGAGAACAGGAAUGGAUGAGACGGUCCAGGCAUUUGGCUGGAUGUUUGUCGUUGAUGCUAUGGCGUUGAUUACACAGCAGGCGUGGGAGGAUGUGGCCGCCCUCUUUGAGAUACAGAGGCCUUGGCGAUAUGUCAUCAACAACAGAACCAUCAACCCGGAGUGGCCUUUGGGAGGCUUCUUUGAAACAACAGAUGAUGGGAGCGAUGUGCUGACAGUACAUAUGCUAUUGGGUGUGAAAGGGGGAGGACCUGUCAAGUUGGUCUCCUCUGAGCAGGCCAUCAACUCAGGUAACCUUUCGAACCUGGCAGAAUUUGAGGCGCAGAAUUUCAGUGCAGCGUUGAGUUUUGUGCUUCAGAAGGUGGUUGACAAAAACAGACAGAGACAGUCCUAUGACAUCUCCAUUUUUUUGGAGCUUCAGGCGUCUUUUCGUGAAGGCUUUUUUGUCAUCAAUGGGGAAUAUGCUUUGCUUCAGAAAUUUAUGCAGACCAUGAAAGAGACAGGAGUUGAGAAGAUUAUCGACUACUGUGGCUGGAUUGUGGUGUGCAGAUUUGUGCAGAUUCUUGAGUUGUCACAGCAGCAGAGUGUCAGUGAUGUUGGGAACAGUGGCGACGAUCCAUGGAAGAAUUGGAUUUCCAAUCAGGGUGGUACAGGGCUACAGGCUUCAUUCCCUGCAAAGCAGAUGAUGAAUGGGCAGAAUCACUCGCAACAGACCAGGAAAAUUGAAGCUCCUAUUGAGGAUCGCUUUUCCAAACAGGCCGCAGAAAUUUUGGAUCUGCGUGAAAGAACCGACAGGGAGUUUGGUGCAAUGAAGGAGUGUAUGCAAAAGCUUGAGAAGUCCAUUGCAGAUCAUGGAAGUCAUUUACAAUCCAAUGCAGAUCAGUGCAGGAACGAAUUUGCGGCAAUCCGUGCUGAAACACAGAAUCAAAUGGGUACGAUGGCAAACAUGUUCAAUGAAUCUCUGCAAAAGGCAUUAGCCGGGCAUGACAAGGAAAUGAGCAAUCAAUUUGCGGAAAUCAAAGAGUUGCUUGCUGGAAAGAAAUCAGCAUCGCCGGCUACAAAGAGGGCAAAGCAGAAUGGUCGCAAUCAAGAGGAUGGUGAUUUGGGCUUUGUCCUGUCCACUUUGUGGCACUUGGCUGGCCGGUUUGAGCUCGUCUCAGGUCGAGUGUCCAUCUUGACACCGACCACUGCGUCCAGAGCGCGUUUUCAUGAGCAACUGUGGCAGUGUUUCGUCGAUCAAUCCUGGCCAGACAAGGAGCUGGUCGUAGUGGAGACCUACACCAAGAAGGAGAAACCCUCCGAGGUUUUUACCAAACUGCUCAAGGCAAAGGAGAAGCGGCUCAAAUAUCUUGGAAUUCAAGUGGACGAGAACGAUGACCUCACAGUAGGCGCCAAAAGAAAUAUGACGGUGCUCAUGUGCAGUGGACAGUACUGUGUAAACUUUGAUGAUGAUGACUUGUAUGCCACAGUCUAUGUGGAGCGCAUGGUGAAUGAACUUAGACAGAAUCGUGGUUGCACCCAGCCGACAUUUUGUGAGGUGUUGCUGCCUUAA